AUGUUGAACGGCGAAGAUCCGCCCGAGCGGCCCGACUACAUUGUCAACAUCAUCAAUGGCCUUGAGAGGUACAACCCCGAGGCCGUUGUCACCCUUGAGGCCUACCUCCAGGAGCAGUGCGAGCAGAAGUACUGCGACUGCAACGCGAACCGGACACUCCUGAAGCUGUACCAGCUGAACCCCGACCGCAUGAAGGAUGAGGUUGCUACCAACAUCCUCGUUAAGGCCAUGACCCAGUUCCCCUCGCCCCAGUUCAGCCUGGCUCUUCACCUGAUCAACGCCUCUGCCGCUGCCCAGGGUGAGCUCCACGAGGCUAUCACCAAGCUGCGUACCCUUAACGGCCAGCUCGAGGGUGCCCAGUACGCUCGCUUCUGGAACACCAUCGACGGCGAUGACCUCUGCGCCGACCUCAUUGCCGACAUCUCCGGCUUCGAGGACCUUAUCCGCAACAACAUCGUUGGUCAGAUCUCUCAGGCCUUCCGCGAGAUUUCUGUGUCCCAACUGGAGUCCUGGCUCGGCCUGAGCGCCGAGGCCACCGCUAAGUUCGUCUCCGAGGUUGCUGGCUGGACUGUCGGCGACAACGGCGUCGUCACUAUCCCCCGCAACGCCGAGAACGAGGCCAAGAAGGCCGAGAUCAGAGAGGAUGUCAACAUCGACAUGUUCUCAAGGGUUCUGCGGAGAUCAUGGGAGGAGACUGCCUAA